AUGGCCCCAAGUUCAUUCCAAACCACAGAGUCUUCCCGAGACUCCCCAACAACCCAAUUUCCAACCCUCAGAUUACGAGCAGAGGAAGCACCAACCGACACCAGUGAAGCAUCCUCGUCUUCUCGACGAAUCAGAUGGAGUGAAGAUGUUGUAGACAACGAGGUAUGCUGCAUUUACCACAAAGCCCGGCCAGUGGGAGAAAGUAGCUCAGAAGAAUCUUCAUCCAGUUCAUCCGAUAGCGACAGCGAGAGUGAAGAUGACCGUCGCACUGCCAGAGUGAACCGCGCUCGCCACACACACUCACACAACGGAGGACGGGAACCCCAGGGCGAGCACGAGCACGCGUCCCACGCUGACGAAGGGUGUUGCCCCGAAGAUCACAACCCUAAACCGAAGCGAAAUCGCAGGAAGCCGAGUCCGAAUGCAUAUGAGAAGAUGCCCAAGUCGUCGAAGAAUCAGAAUCAGAAUCAGAAUCAGCGCCAAAGUCAUGCGCGGGUUGGUGGCAUGCAGAACAAUGUACAACGGCAUGAUCAAGGAGUCACGGGAAGGGCACACUAA